CUUUGAAUCCCAAAGCCCGAUUCUAAUUUGCCCUUUAGCCCUCCCUUGUGAUAACGGAAGUAUCAAGCUUAUGUGCUACACAACGUUUUUUACCCUCAAGAAGUAUUCUUUCUGCUGUCACCAGCGUACAGGAAACGCAAAUGGUUUUUGUUUUCAACUAAGAGAACUUUGAUCAAAAUCAGCAUUUCUUGGUUUUUCUUUUAGAACAGAGGGUUUGAGUUUUGAGGGGUUUUUUAGUUUUGCUUUCCGGGGUUUUUUUUGUUUUGUUUUGUUUUGUUUUUUAAGACAAACGCUAUCUUUGCUAUUGGCUUUGAGAAAUCAUUUAUCAGAGUAUCUGCUCUAUGUUAACAAGACAGAGCACAGCCCAGAUCUGCCAACUCUGGACCUCUCUCUACCUAGUUGCCUAGAGAUUUCAGCGUUCUUCCUGGUAGAGGCCAUUUAUUUCUGAUUUGAAGCUGUCUAGACCUCUAACUUCUCAACUCCAAAAAAGCCACAGCUCAAAGAUGAAAGGAGGGUAUUUCUGUCACCACCAAAGUUGAGCUCUGUGAUAAGGCCUGCCUGCCAGCCUUGCCACAUAAGGAAGCUUUCCUCGACCUUCCCGUAACAGAGCAGACCAUGGUCAAGCGCGUUGCCGUGAUUGGAGCCGGUGUGAGUGGCCUGUCCUCCAUCAAAUGCUGCUUGGAUGAGGACCUGGAGCCCACCUGCUUUGAGAGAAGUACUGCCAUCGGGGGGCUAUGGAAGUUCACUGAAACUUCCAAAGAUGGGAUGACUGGGGUCUACAAAUCCUUAGUGACAAAUGUCUGCAAAGAAAUGUCAUGUUACAGUGACUUCCCCUUCCAAGAAGAUUAUCCCAAUUUCAUGAGCCAAGAAAAAUUUUGGAACUAUCUCCAAGAAUUUGCCGAGCACUUUGAUCUUCUGAAAUACAUUCGGUUUAGGACCACAGUGUGCAGCAUAACGAAACGUCCAGACUUUUCGGAAACUGGUCAGUGGGAUGUUGUCACAGAGACAGAGGAGAAGCGGGAAACAGCUGUCUUUGAUGCUGUCAUGGUUUGCACUGGCCACUUCCUAAAUCCCCGUCUGCCUUUGGAGUCCUUUCCCGGAAUCCAUAAGUUUAAAGGCCACAUCCUCCACAGUCAGGAGUACAAGUUCCCAGAAUGUUUUCGGGACAAGCGCGUCUUGGUGAUCGGCCUUGGGAACACUGGAGGAGACGUUGCCGUGGAACUCAGCCGAAUGGCAGCCCAGGUACUUCUCAGUACUAGAACCGGUACCUGGGUUGUCAGUCGCUCUUCAGAUGGAGGCUACCCAUUAAAUAUGAUGAAUAUAAGAAGAUGUUAUAAUUUUAUUGCACAACUUCUGCCUUCACGUGUACUAAACUGGAUUCGAGAGAGGCAGUUGAAUAAGAGAUUUAACCAUAAGAAUUAUGGAUUAAGUAUUAUAAAGGGGAAAAAACAGAAAGUCAUCAUAAAUGAUGAACUGCCCACCUGUAUCCUCUGUGGGACCGUCACCCUGAAAAGUGGUGUGAAGGAGUUUACAGAAACCUCCGCUCUCUUUGAAGAUGGGACCAUGGAAGAAAACAUCGACGUGGUGAUCUUCACGACAGGAUACACAUUUUCUUUCCCCUUUCUGGAAGAACCCCUCAAAAGCCUGUGUGCAAAGAAGAUCUUUCUGUACAAGCUGGUCUUUCCCUCCAACCUAGAGAAGGCAACACUAGCUAUCAUUGGUCUCAUCAGCCUUCAAGGAUCCAUCUUAACAGGCACAGAGCUCCAAGCACGCUGGGCCACAAGAGUAUUCAAAGGACUCUGUAGGAUACCUCCAUCCCAAAAGCUGAUGGCUGAGUUUACUGAAAAGGAGCAGCUCAUAGAAAGGGGCGUGAUGAGAGACACGAGUGAGAACAAACUUGAGUACAUUCCCUACAUGGAUGACAUUGCUGCACGCAUAGGCGCGAAGCCCAGUGUCCCACGUCUGUUCCUCAAGGAUCCCAGACUGGCGUGGGAAGUUUUCUUUGGACCAUGUACUUCUUACCAGUACCGCUUAAUGGGCCCCGGACAAUGGGCUGGAGCCAGAAAUGCCAUCCUGACCCAGUGGGACAGAACAAUGAAACCCUUAAAAACGCGAAUCGUUCCUGAUUCCUCCACAUCUGCCUCUAUGUCAUGUUACUUAAAAAUGUGGGGGGCACCUCUCCUACUUGCCUCUCUCCUGUUGAUCUGCAAAUCUUCGCUGUUUUCGAAAUUGGUGCGAGAUAAACUACAGUAUAGAAUUUCCCCUGAUUUAAUAAGUAUUUGAUAAAGAUGAGUCUGAUUGGUUAC